GUGAAGUUAAUUGUGAGAAAGCUAUUUGGUUUGAUUGUUUGUUAUCUAUGUAAUUAAAUUCAUACAUUUGUGUUAGUAUGAAUUACAAAGUGUAGCUUAACUGUCUACUUAGGGCCAGUGUAUGUGCACCCAGAUGAAUGGUUUCUAUAUCCCAGAUUACCUCUCUGUUGGUUGUGGAGCUAUUGUGAGGAUCGGACAGUUUGGGAAAGUUUUAUGCUUCCCUUGGUCCACGUUGUUUCUCUUGCAAAUGAGCAGCUCGUUGGUGAUGGUGCAGAUGUUCUGUAAUGAGGGUCAUUAGGAGUGAGAAUAAGAAUGGACUGGACUGGCAGGGGUCUGGGCGCCUCAUUAUGCAGACCCAUUUAAAAGUCGACGGGGGUGCGAAUGGCUGCUUAAGGGUCCCAAACAAAACCAGGGGGAGGAGAGUCGAAAGAAGCCAGAAUUCAAAUUCCACAGAAGAAACUGAGCUUAUUGUCAGAGCAGGAAGAUUUACCUUAUUCGUAUCGUGGAGAGCCCGAGUCAAGCAUCUCCGGAGCGCAAUAUAUGUGGAUACUUGAAAUGGCCAUGGUUACGCGGGCACGAGUUUCACUGCUGGUCCUCGCUUUCAUGACUAUUGCUAUAGGAGUACAGUGCCGAUCGCUUCGUACACAACUUCGCAAGGUGACUUCGUUUCAAGGAGAGCGUAAAAUCCGUAUUGGACACGUCCAGAAACGGAGCCGUCGCGAACCAGGAUCCGAGCACGACCAGUGCGCCCUUCUGAGCGCACCGUGGACGGAGAGCACCACUCCGCUUGGUGACUGGGGCCAGAUGUACCGUCUGAAGAUAUUAUCGACGAUGAGUGAUGGUCCACGUCGUGCUGUUUUCCCAGAACAACCCCUCUUCAGAUUCGUUAGACGGGUUUAUCGCUGUUGUCAAAUGGGCUACCACUGUGGAAGUGUCAAGGGAAUACAAGGCGGAAAAGUUGGAGACUACAACAUUGAGUUUCUGCUCAGCGAGGAUGUGCUGUCACCACCAUUGGAGAAAGCAGAAGUUCAUUUUCACUUUUCAAACCCCCAACACCUCACCAUCCAACCCGUGCUGCCCUCACUGGAGAAACGAGGGUUCCCUACUAGGUACAGUGUCUGGUUGAGAGAUGGUGUCGUGGAGCUGAGAGUAGAUCUGCUUGCCCUCUUCCAGGCCCUGCAGCUGGUCAUCGGAGGAGCCAGUAGAGGUCCAAGCCUGAUGGAAAUGCAUCGGGUGAGGGGCUUGUCGAGACCAGGGGUCGUUGUCCAAAAGCAAAGACCCCCAUCCCUUCAAGACACAGAGCCUGUAGUGUGGGGGGAGGUGAAUGUGGGCAGGGAGGGAGCGGCCCCCCUACAGCCCACUUUAGAGCUGGGACUGGCAUUACACUGCAGCUUAUUGGACAAUAUUGCACAGCCCUGUCAAAAUUAUGGUGUACAUCUAGAACAUGCACCCUUCAUCGCUCUGACGUACAGAUAGCAAGACACAUGCAGCAGUAUCGAACAGUGUUUUAGCAAAUACAUUUUGAAACUGCUUCUGUGUCCAGCCAAACACCGUCAAUCCCUAGCGCUCCCCCUUCACAAGUUCUUUGUGGCCAUAAAAUCUCCAUCCAUUCAGUCCACUAACACCUGGUGUGAAUGUUCCCUGGAUGGUUCACUAUUUUUAAAGAAUUGCUAAUGAUUCUCAUUGUUCUGUGACAAUGGUGCUUCAGUAGAAGCUUAGUGUAAUUCAGAGUGGCCGAUGUUAUAUGGAACACUAUGCACUUCAGGAUGUAAAUUGAAUUUAUUAACUUAUGGGUGUUUUUUUGUGAGAAAAAGGUAUCACUGUGUAAAUGUAAAUAGUGUAUAAUUACAGGUCUAUAUAUUAAAUUCUUUUUAGCAUUGUAUAUGCAAUGGUUUGUUUCUCUGUUUCUGUGGCCAGUGUAUUGUUUCUUCUCAAUUAUUUGAGACAUUUUGUGUCAAUAAGGUGUUUUUAAUAAAUUCAAUAUAAAUUUGAAAGGCCUCACAUACUGAACAUAAAGAAUUUGGUCAUUUUCAGGGU